GUGUAAACGCUCAUCAGACUGCAGGUGAUUCUCUUGAGAAGCACUUCAGGGUUGACGUCGCAGUUUCUUCUGACUUACCCACUUACUUACUUAACUUACUUACCACGUUGUUUUUUGCCUUGGACGGAAAAACUUGAGUGGUUUGAGCAAAAUGUCGCUGGCUAAGGACCUGAUGCACCCCUGCUUUGCUGAUGAGAAGGGAAGACACAAGAAGAAGAGGCUGGUGCAGAGCCCCAACUCCUACUUCAUGGAUGUUAAAUGCAUGGGCUGCUACAGGAUCACCACCAUCUUCAGCCAUGCCCAGACAGUGGUGCCUUGUACUGGCUGCUCUUUAGUCCUCUGCCAGCCACAAGGGGGGAAAUGCAGACUAACUGCAGGAUGUGCCUUCAGAAAGAAAUAUUCCUGAGCAGAAAUGUUCAAAAACACCCAUGACCGGCAGCAGCAUGGAUCUCGGAUAAAUGAGUGUGAGCCUCACUGUCCUUGAUGUUGAUUGUACCCUCCAAAGCAUAGUUUUAGAAAAGAAAUCACCUCUACGUACAUCUGGAUAAUGUGGAGUGAAAUUAUGCAAUGUCACUCCUCCAUUGAGGUUAAAUAGGGCAGAGCAGGAAUGAAGCUAUGUGAAGUAAAAGAUAAAUGAAAAUCAUACACCAUGCAUCUUAAGUCCACUAUGCUUAGAAUGAAUUGUACAUGUAUCAAAUUGAUAUGAGGAGACAUUUGAUGUAGAGUAGUUUUGACAGUUGUAGAGUGCACAAAAACUCAAAACAGUCACAAUUUCUGUAAAACAUUUAUUAGGUUGACAUAGAGGGGGGUGGGGGUUGGUGAAUGAAAUAUUUCAGAAUGGUCUCAAUCAAAUGUGAGGCGCUUUAUCAUGGCCCUGGCAUGAGAUGAAACCAUGACGACCAUCACAAACAAAAAUAAAACAUUUUAAGAAUUUA